AAUGUGAGUUUCAGGAAGUGGACGACUUUUGUUAUCGCCAAAAUAACUAAAGAGCUAAAAGUUUAACUCGGUUUGACCAGAUACUCUCAGUGGCAUUUAAAGUAAAUCACCAGUGAGAUAAGGCUGCUUACAAAGUUAAAGGUGAGGAGACCAUGAAUCGAGUUCCUUUGCAACAGUCACAAAGCUGUGGUCUGUGGGAACUGAAGGAGCGACUCGGCACCGGAGGCUUUGGGAACGUUACAAGAUGGCAAAAUAAGGACACAGAAGAGCAGAUUGCUAUAAAGCAGUGUCGCCAGGAGCUGAGUGAGAGGAACAAAGAGAGAUGGUGUCUAGAGAUCCAGAUCAUGAAGAGGUUGGACCAUGUUAACGUGGUCGCAGCUCGAGAAGUUCCUGAGGGGAUGGAGAAACUGGUGGCCACCAAUGAUCUGCCCCUGUUGGCCAUGGAGUACUGCCAGGGUGGAGAUUUGAGGAAGUAUCUGAACGUCCUGGAGAACUGCUGUGGAAUGAGGGAAGGAUCCAUUCUGAUUCUGUUAUGUGACAUUUCUUCGGCUUUAACCUACCUCCACAGCAAGAGGAUCAUCCACAGAGACCUGAAACCAGAAAACAUUGUGCUGCAGCAGGGAGAGAAGAGGCUCAUCCACAAGAUCAUAGAUCUUGGCUAUGCUAAGGAGUUGGACCAAAGCAGCCUUUGCACAUCCUUCGUGGGAACUCUGCAGUACUUAGCUCCAGAGCUCAUAGAGAGGCAGAAGUACACGGUCACUGUGGACUACUGGAGUUUCGGCACGUUGGUGUUUGAGUGCAUCACAGGAUUUCGUCCUUUCUUACCAACAUGGCAGCCCGUUCCCUGGCACAACAAAGUCAGGCUGAAGCAGGACAAUGACAUUGUUGUUUACGAGGAUCUCUCUGGAGAAGUUCGGUUCUCCAAACAUCUGCCCCAGCCCAACAACCUCAACAGUCUUUUGUUAGAAAAGUUGGAGAGGUGGCUGCAGCUGAUGUUGAAGUGGUCUCCUAAGGAAAGAGGCAAAGACAGCAUGGCUACACCCAACGACUGCUUCUCCCAGCUCGGGUUCAUACUGGAGCUCAAGCUGGUUCAUGUUCUGAACAUGAUGUCUGCUAAAAUCCUGACGUACGCGGUCACAGAUGAUGAGACGGUGGCGGACCUGCAGCUGAGAAUAGAAAAAGACACCAACAUUCCUGCAGCCAAUCAGGAGCUGCUGCUGGAGGCGGGGCUAGCCUUGGAGCCUCAUGCUCUGGCCACACAGUGCGCCAUCAAUUACUCAGAGGUAGACGGACGUCGAACAGAUCUGCCCCUGGUCUUCCUGUUUGAUUGCUCCUCCUGCACAUAUGAACCUCAGUUUGCUCCUCGGACACUUCCUGAAAAUAUUCGCUUUGUCCAAACCGACCCAAAGCAUGUCCUGCCUUACAGCCACCUGAGGAGGACGUGUGGCCAGGCGUGGCACACCAUCCGCACUCUGAAGGAAGACUGGCAACGACUGCAGCAAGGCCAGAAAGCUGCCAUCAUGAGCCUGCUGAGACACAACUCUUCGCUGUCCAAACAGAAGAACGAGAUGGUGUCCAUGUACCAAAGGCUCAUAGCCAAGCUGGACUUCUUCAUCACCAGCCUUCACAUCGACAUGGACAAAUAUCAGGAGCAGACAGCCACGGGGAUCGCCUCAGAGAAACUUCUGGCUGUAUGGAGAGAAAUGGAGCAAACUGCUGUCAGCUGUGGUCAGCCCAAGGUGAGUGAACUUGAAGAGGAGAUGAUGAGGCUGCAGCCUGACAUCGUGGAUGUGCAGAGGCAACCGUUUAGGAGCGGAGAGGCCUUGGACACCCUUGAAGGAAAAGCCAUGGAGCUGUUCCGCAAACUCCGAGAGAAACCCAGAGACCAAAGGUGUCCAGGAGACAGUCAGGAGGCAGUGCGUCUGGUGUUUCAGGCUGUGCAGUUUUACGAGAGGAAGCUCAAAGAUUUCUACACACACCUCAGUAAAACGGCAGUGUGCCGUCAACGUGUGAUGGAGCUGCUGCCAAAGGUGGAGGGGGUGGUGCUGAAGAUGGCCGAGAGCGAACAAGUCCUGAUGAGUCUGCAGGAGAGACGACAGAGGGAGUUGUGGAACCUGCUUAAAGUCGCCUGUAGCAAAGUUCGGAGCCCCAUGAGUGAAAGUCCUGAUGGAUUCCGAACCCCUUCGUCAGUGUUGACCCCCCGACACAGCCUACAGCAACUCGAUGAGUCUCUUGUGGAGGAGAGCAGGGCAUUUGAGAGCCGCCUCCAGAGCUUGUUGCACGACACCAUCCAGGAAUCAGAGGGCAACAUGGAGAUGUUGAGGGAGUGGACGUGGCUGCGGGGAGAUCAGAACUUCUCCAGCGAUCUCUUCUGA